GUGGUUAAACUUGAGACUAAUAAUGGAUGGCUUGGUUCAGCUACAGAGGCAACUCUUUGAUUAUACUGCAUCCCUUUUCCAAGAGGGCUUUCUAGAUGAUCAAUUUAACCAGCUUCAGCAACUUCAAGAUGAAAGCAACCCAGAUUUUGUGGUUGAAGUGGUAACUCUCUUUUUUGAAGAUGCAGAGAGGCUUCUUAAUGAGCUGACAAAAGCACUAGGCCAGGCAAACAUUGAUUUUAAAAGGUUGGAUGCUCAUGUUCACCAGUUGAAGGGUAGUAGCUCCAGCAUUGGUGCACAGAGAGUUCACACAGUCUGCAUUUCCUUCCGAAACUCUUGUGAGGAGCAAAAUGUUGAAGGGUGUCUUAAAAGCUUGCAACAAGUAAAAGUGGAGUAUUCCUUGGUGAAAAGCAAGCUUGAGACUCUCUUCAAGAUGGAGCAACAGGUUUUGGCCUUAGGAGGAUCGGUUUCUAGGUAGUGUGAUUCGAGGCAGAGAUAUAAGUUUGUUGCAAAUGCAAUUU